CAGACAUGAAUUGUCACCUUGGAACGGGACCACGUCACGUGAUUGGCUACUGGGAGAUUUGAACGUAUACAGAGCAGGUCGCUUUCAUACACAGACACAUGACCAUGCGUCGUCAAUGGGACUCCCCGCAUUGUUAUUUGAAGCUUUUUUCCCCCCACAAGCGUUCAUCGCUUGACGAGAUUUGGAUCGGAACCGAGGAGCUCCCUCGAUCGCUUGCUAACUGGAGUCGGGUCAUGUCGGUGAGAUGUCCUCGAAGAUGUACCCCGAGGAGACCGUUCCCAAUUUCAUUCGAAAGAGUGUUGUCAUCGAGAGGCCUCAAAGGUAUGGCUCCAACGCUCUGGUGAUGAAGACGACGGGGCCGACGGUGGUCGAAGUGCCCAAUUCAGCCAAAGAGCCCAAGCUACCCGAGAUCAAACAGCACGUGAGGAACGUUUACUGCACCUGCGCCAACAAGAAACCCAUGAUCUCGGCGGGGGCUUUUCUGCUGCCUGCCGGCCUCCCCGCCAAGAAGAUGUUUUCAGCCGUCCCGAAGGUGUCCAAACCGCCGCUGUGUAUUGUUGACACCAACAAGGGACACAAGGAGUAUCCUAAUAAAUUCUCGGGACUGGUCCCUGUGUAUGUGAAGAAAAAGGAUUACGGCGAGAUACCCGCUUAUCUGCUGCGGCGCAAAGGAAAGCUGCCGAAGGAGGCCGGCGAUGACAAGAAACCGGAGGAGUCGGAGAUAGAAAUACAAAUAGAAAACCUCACAGACGAGGAGUGUCGGGAAAUCAUUGAGGACCUGAAAAAGAAGUGCACCAGGCUGAACCUGACCUACCAGCGCCUCCCGUUUGUCAUCGACACCCCGUCGAUGAAGAUGCGCAAGACGCGACUGGAGGCCGAUUUGCAGCAGCUGGAGAACGACCUCAAACUCCUUGAAACGUUGGUGUCCAACAAGUAGCACGAUGUGCCGGCGGGGGCUAGCGUCUCCAAAACGGGCACAUCAAAAGUCGCUCAUGGGCGGGUCAUCAUCCUCCCCCACUGGAAUCCCGUGUCAACAUGAUGAACGCUUGAUGUUACGAAACACAUUGUUUGAUAUGACGUCACCUCACUUCAAAUGUGCACCUUGACUUUGUAGCUCGACCUAUGAACCAUCCAAAUCUGGUUUUGACUCAUCUGACGUCCUAGCGUAUGACGCAGAGAUCUUUGCAGGGAUUUCUAGUCUAUGGAUAUUUUCAAAUGGUUAGUCGCAGGUAAAAUGGACAUUCCAUGAUUGUAAUUGUUACAUUAUUGAGGUAUCGUGAUGAUAAAAGGAAUCUUGGAGAACA